GCUUCACUCACCUCGCCGGAGUAUAAGGACCGUUACUCAUCAAUGAUAGCAUCUGCAAAAACCUCUAGUAACCAUUGCAUUCAUUUCAACCUGACAUCGCCCGUCAUUCUCGCCCGUGAGUGAGUCACACUCCCUCUAGCCCUACUAGUAACUACAGCCAAUACCUCCGGAUUACCUCUCUUUUCCGCCGAUCUCUCUGCCACAUACAUACCUAGGUACACGCGCGCGCGCAAGUCCUCCACGCCAAUGCAAUCAUGGCCCAAUCGCAAGCCUUCCACUUCCCAAUCACCACGCCCAUCGCAAACGACCGCGUGAAGCUCGUCCCAUUCGACAUUGAUCUCCACGGCGCCGCCUUCAUCGCCCAGUCCGCCUCCCACCCAGAGCUCUAUGCCAACAUGUCCUUCAUCCCCUUCACGACCGUCGCCGAGCUGAAGGCAGCCUUCGCCAGGCCCGACACCAUCUUGUCCUCCUCCAACCCGGAAUCCUACAUCUUCGCCAUCAUCGACAAGACCAGGGACCGGUCGCCCGAGGACCCGGAGGGCGAGCUGGCAGGCAUGGUCGGCUACAUCCACACGCUCCCGGCCUUCUUCAGCAGCGAGGUAGGCGCCAUCGUCGUUCUGCCCAAGUACCAGCGCUCCCACGUGACGAGCAACGCCGUCGGGCUGUUGCUGCAGCACGGCUUCGCACCCGCCGACGAGGGCGGCCUGGGCCUGGUGAGGAUUCAGUGGUAUUGCAGCGCGGCCAACACUGCCAGUGCCAAGGUCGCCGACCGCAUGGGCUUCGAGAAGGUCGGCUUGAUUCCGUACCACAUGAAGUUUCCGCUGGGCAAGAAGUACGGCAAGUUAGGCAACGGCAAGCCGGUCCCGCCUGGAAGCCACCCGGAUGAUGUGUGGAGGGAUUCGCUCUACUACAGCUUGAGUUGGGACGUGUGGGAGGCUGAGGCUAGGGACAAGGUCGAGAAGGCCAUCAGUCGGUGAUGGUUUGGGUGAAUUAAGGGCGCAUAGUUGAUCUGUGUAUGUGGUUUCUAAGCAGUCCAAUUCUCAUAACGUGCGGGUCGGAUGAGGAACAUGGAAAAGAGGAGAGAAAUCUCAUAUUCAAAGUUUCGCUCACCGUAUGAAGGCUCCACGUAUGUCCUCGGACGUAUGCAGAAUAGAAGUGGAAACAGUCCAAGUUCGCUGCAGCCUGGGAGAUAUCAACUACAUAUCAAUAAUAAUUCAACAUCAGCACCCCCAGUACAUA